AAACCAAUAAUUUCAUGGCCUAAACUACUGCAUCCUUUUCCAAAAAAAUAUAGACAAAGUAAAUCCAUUUUGUAAGACUCCCCCAGAAAGAAUACUGAUUUAAAAUAUAUACACAUAUAAACACUAAUAUGUAUGGAUUUUAUUCACUAUGAAUACUAAGGAUUGGAAGUCCUCUUUAAGAAAAACAAAGAAUGACACAUGGAUUUUUUUAAUAGACCAUCCAAUAUAUAUUUAAGACACAUUUACAACUAAAGAUUAGAUAUUUAUGACAAGUAUAUUCACUUCUAAACAAAAAAAAAAAAAUACUUAAACCACUAAUAUGUAUAGAUCCUUCAUAAGAUUGAUCCACUAUAAAUACAACGGACUGAACCUUUUUAUUGUUAGUUCACAAAAACAAAAAUUUAAAUCAUGAGUAACUUGAGAGGAACUAAUAGGUUUAUACUCGUGGCAAUACUCGUCUCAUUUGUGUUUUUAAGCAUCAUGAAUGCUGAAGCCGGUAAAGAAAUUGGAUAUCCAAAAAAGACAUUUGGUGAAGACCGAACGAAUCCGUACACACCAAUAAUAAUACGAGGAUGUGAUCCUAAAUAUCCUCAAACGUGCCUACCAAAACAACCAGCGAAUCCGUACCGGCGAGGAUGUUCAAAAAUUACAAGAUGUCAGCGUGACGGUGGUCGAUAAACUUUUUCGAACUAUAUGUAACAAUUAAUGUUAUACAAAAAGUCAAUAAUCAUUAAACGAAUAAUUAUCUGGUUUGCAA